UCAUUGUGUUGUAUCUAUAAUGAAGGAUUCUUACAAUGAAAUCUCCAAACAAGCAUCAGGUCACCCACAACUAGAAGAAGAAGAAGAAGAAGAAGAAACUCAAUUGGUCCCCAGGUCAGCCUCAACGAAGCAUACAGAAGCCCAAGUUGAGAAACACUUAAAAGCAUCAACCUCUCAUCCUACUACACUUGAAAUGUCAUCAGUUGCAGUAGCUAGUCCAACAUCUGAAACUACUGAAUUAAAUGCUCAACCAAUGGUAAAGCAUGAAGAGAGUUCAAACUACUGAAUUAAAUGCUCAACCAAUGGUAAAGCAUGAAGAGAGUUCUCCGGAGCCUAUUGACAGUGAGGAUGAUGAUAUGGAGUCCUUUUACACUUCCUUGGGAGCCAAUUCUGAAACUCUUCAGCCUGCAUCCAGCAGUGUAACAACAAAUGUCCAGUCCAGGCCAGGUCAAUCUGACAUAGACAAGGCAUUGGACAUUGUUAAAAAUGUACUCGUAGCUGACUUCUCUUCUGCGUGUCAUCCUGGCCGUUCCAUUUCUUUAAAUUCAGCAUUAGAAUUGUUGUGUGACUUGGAUGAAAAUGAUGGCUUCUCUGAUAAAAUGAAAUCCCUAGUGCUUCAACUCUCAAAGGACUUCAAAGAUCUGAAAAGUCGAUUCUGCCAAGCCGGUGACACCAUCGAAAAGUGCACCAAUCUGAUCAAGCCUAUGGCUGAGAUAGCAUCUCAACUGGAUGAGAAUAAAGAAAAGUACUUGAAGCUCAAAUCAGUGAUUAUUGAGGCUGAAGCACAGAUACAACACAUGCAUGACAUGCAAACAACAGUUGGAAAGAGUAUCUCUGGAGACGAAGGACAAAUAAAUGAGCUAAAACAAAAAAUAGAUUCUUUGAUGAAACAAAAGGGAAAGGCAAAGCAAGAGAAGAAAACAAUCUACGAUGAUGGAAAGAAGCUGAAGGAAAAGUAUGAUGUGGCAGCUAAUGCAGAGGAGGAGAAGAAGACAGCUCAGUAGAUCAAGAGGAAGAUUGAAGAAAAGUGGUCACACUACAAUAAUCAGUUCAAAAGCUUUACAUGCAGUGGAGGAAUCAGCAUGGAUGAUAUAGGCCAGGCUGAAGAAACAACCAAAUUAAUUCAUUUUGCUUAAUGCAAUGGUAAAAGGGUAAAUGCACAUUAUCUUCUUUUGUAUAUAAUUUUGUGCUUGUGUGUGUGUGUGUGUGUGUGUGAGAGAGAGAGAGAGAGAGAGAGAUUCAUGUUGAAAGGGGGGCUGCUUCAAAAAUGUUUGGACGACUAAAUUCAAAAGUGAGGAUGCUGGUGCCAACAUAACCAUCUUCUAUGAGCAUAAGAUGGUGCAGGCUCAUCAUAGCAUAUAGCACUGAAAGAAGUUGUGCACAUCCAACAUUAGACUAUUCAUGUGCAAUAUUAAGCAGCUGCAGCUUAGAAGAGCAGAUAUUGUUCAAGUUGUUAGUUUGGUGUUGUUUUGUGAUUGUAUUGUUUGCAGCUUGUUUUUAUUUGAAUAAAAUCAAAAUCAAAAUAAAAACAUUGCAAGUUAGCUUGAAAUUAUCUGUCCUACCUUCAUUUUAAAAUAAGUUCCACCGGACUUAACCCAAUGAAAAACAUUAACUAACUAUGAAUCUAGCACUACCUCUACUUCAAGAUUAACAUUGGGUAACUCUAUUGGCACACGCCACAUGGUGUCCUUGCCCAAAAUAUUUCUUCAGUUGGAAAUGUGGGACAAGGGAUGUAACUGGGUACCAUCUGUUAAUACCCCCUCUCAAUUUGACUCGAUGGCGAGACAUUUUUACCAUGUCUGGUGAUGUG